CAGUUUAGCAGAAGAAGCGUGAGGAUAAAACGCACUGCAGGACUCGCGAGAUAAAACAAACGCCAGCGGCUGGAUCCUUUUCCCGAGGGGACAUUUUAGCCUUUUCUUGUCUUUUUUCCCGGACUACAGGCCGCCGUACCGCUGUGUGAGAUGGCACUUUGGCACCAGCUUCAACAGCUGGAUUCUAGAUAUCUAGAGCAAGUUGACCAGCUCUAUGAUGACGCAUUCCCCAUGGAGAUUCGCCAGUACCUCAGCCAGUGGAUAGAGAGCCAUGAGCACUUCCAGGAGUUUCCUGUGUACAUGGCCAUGAUUAUAUCCAACUCUCUGAAGGAAGAGAGGAAGAUUCUGGAAAUGGCUAUCCAGACACAGGAGCAUGCAGGAUCAUCACAGAGCAGUGCUGCGAUGGAACAGCAGAAGCAACUGGACAACCAAGUGAAUGACCUGAAGAAGAAAGUGCAGGAGACAGAACAAGACAUUCAGGUCCUGGAGGAUCUGCAAGACGAGCAUGACUUCAGGAGGAAAACUUUACAGAGUCGGAUUGAGGUUGAAAUGAAUGCACACACAGCAAAAGAGAUCCAGAGGGAGGAGAUGAUGAUCAAGGAGAUGUUCUUCAGACUGAACAAAAUGAGAGAGGUGGUAGUGAACGAGUUGGUAAAUUCACUGAAGUUAGCAGAUCACAUCCAGUUCAUGCUGAUAUCCGUGGAGAUUCCCAAGUGGAAGCGGAGGCAGCAGAUGGCCUGCAUCGGAGGACCCCCAAAUGCCUGCCUGGACCAAUUACAGAGCUGGUUCACAGCACUGGCGGAGUGUUUGCAGCAGACGCGGCAGCAGCUGAACAAGCUGCAGGAGCUGGUGCUGAAGUUCUCAUACGACAACGACCCCAUCACUCUGGGCAUGAGCACUCUGCAGGAACAGGCCCUGAUGCUCUUCAAAAACGUGCUGGUCAAUUCCAUUGUGGUGGAGAGGCAGCCCUGCAUGCCCACGCAUCCCCAAAGACCCCUAGUGCUGAAGACGGGCGUGCAGUUCACAGUCAAACUCAGGCUGCUGGUCAAGCUACCAGAGUUGAACUGUCAACUUAAAGUCAGUGUCUCUUUUGACAAGGAUUUAAAUGAAAAGAACACAGUGAAGGGAUCCCGUAGAUUCAAUAUUCUGGGCACCAGCUCGAAGGUCAUGAACAUGGAGGAAUCAAACGGAUGCUUGACUGCUGAGUUCCGACAUUUGCAACUGAAAGAAGCAAAGUCAGUUGGAAGCAGAACAAAUGAGGCCCCUCUUCUCAUCACGGAGGAGCUCCACUUCAUCAGCUUCCACACGCAGCUCAAUCAGCCUGGACUGUGCAUUGACCUAAAGGUAGUGGUGAUGUCUCCUACCAGCCAGCUGCCAAGUGCCUGGGCCUCCAUCCUGUGGUAUAACAUGCUCUGCACCGACUCUCAGAACUUGCCGUUUUUCCUGAACCCUCCUCCGAUGAAGUGGGGUGAACUGGCAAAGGUUCUGAGCUGGCAGUUUUCCUCUAUCACUAAGAGAGGCCUGAACGCUGACCAGCUGAGCAUGCUCGCUGACAAACUGCUCGGUCCUGAGGCUCAAGGAGAUCCCGAAAAGCCCGUCCUCUGGACUAUGUUCAAUAAGCCCACCAGUGAGAAGGGAACUUGUUUCUGGUUGUGGAUAGAUGGCAUACUGGACCUCAUUAAACGAUACCUACUCAACAUCUGGAAUGAUGGUCCAGGCACAAGACCUUCGGAUUGUAUGAGCCCAGGGUCCCGUGGAGAGCUUCAGCUAAUGAACAGAGACACUGGAAUGGAGUCAAUGUGAUCUACCUUACUACAGUGAUGCUCCUUUUCCACACUGCUCUGAGCGUCCUGCUGUCCUUCAUAUCCUCUACAAGAAGGAGACCUAAGCAGUGGACAGUGAAUUGAGAAGGAGAGGAUGCAGUAAUGUUUAUACAGUAUAAAAUCAAUGGGAUUUGAAUAUUGUCACUGUCAUAUCAAAAUCCUGUAAUAUUUUGUGUUUAAUUUUUAUUUUUCCAUAUCUUUUGUGCAAGACAGCCAUCCUUUACAUGGUGUGACCUUUUCAUGAUGAAUGGACCAAUAGAAAUGGUCCAAAAUUAGUUAUAUUAAAAUCUUGUUACUCUAACUUAAGACCUUUUUUGCCUUCUGUAUAGUUACCAUUUUUGAGAUGCAUGUUUUUGUUAGGACAGUGACGAUAUGAUUCCUACCUUACCUUCUUUUUUGUUGGAAGCGUUGUCUGGCGCCGGCUCUGUCGGAGUAGCGCUGAAAAGGCUGGUGUCAGUCAUUAGUAUCACACGAGUGAAUUUACCAGAUUGUGUACAACUGUGAAAAGCUUUUUAAUUGUGAUUCUGUUACUGUGCCCUAAAAUAUAAGAUGAUGAAAAUAUUGCAUUCCCACUUUGUUUGAAAAGCACAGCUUUAUUUAAUAGUGUACAUUAAAAUAAACAGACUUCA